UCAGCGCGUGAGCGCCACGAAUAUGCACAAGAGCGUGAGUAGCCACUCGCUGUUGUUGCAGAAUAACAAUAGCAGUGGGGUCCACCAAAACCGUAAUCAGUUGUAUCCAUCCUUCUCUGCUCUUUUCUGCGAGUUUCUUAAUUCCGAUGACGCUCCCGUUCGCAGGGUUUACAGCACCGGUGAUCUUCAGGAAGAUACUUCACUAUCAAGUGAGAGUAGUAUGAUAAUAGAAGCAAUGAGCAGAGCCAGUCCCUAUAGCCCUGAAGAGAAGAAGAUAAGAAUUGAGAGAUACAGAAUCAAGAGAAACCAGAGGAACUUCAACAAGAAAAUCAAGUAUGCUUGUAGAAAAACAUUGGCGGAUAGCCGGCCGCGAAUCAGAGGAAGAUUUGCAAAGAAUGAUGAAAUUGUGAGAAACCCUCCAUCACUUGAAUGGUGCCAAUUUGGUGCUGCUGGGGAGGAACAAGAUGAAGAAGAUGAGAAUAAUUGGGCCAAUAUAUUUGAUUCCUUAGACUCUGCAAAUGUUGUUGCUCAUCAUCAUCAAGAGCAACAAGAUAGUUCCCCUUUCGGUGUAUUCUACUAAAAUAUUUGAAUUUGCAUGUCAAUGAAGAAUCACUAUAAUUAUUUGUUUACUGUUUCCUCCCUUUUUUUCUUUCUUUCUCUGUUAAAGAGUGUUAUUGUUGUGGUG